AUUAAUAUGGGUAGACUUCAAGGAAAAACUGUUUUUAUCACUGGAUCCUCUGCAGGUAUUGGAGAAGCUUGUGCUCGAGAAUUCGCAAAAGAAGGUUCCAAUCUUGUAUUAGCAGCACGUCGUGUUGAUCGGUUAGAAAAAUUGAAACAAGAACUUUUAGAACAACACAAAGAUAUCAAUAUUCACACAGUGGCUAUGGAUGUUCGCGACAAAAAGCAAAUUGAUGAGGCAGUCAAGAACUUACCAGAAAGUGUUCGUGAUAUUGAUGUACUUGUCAACAAUGCUGGUAUGGUACAUGGUGUGGAUCCUUUAGUAGAAGUCAAGGAAGAAGAUCUUGAUAUCAUGUUUGCCACCAAUGUCAAGGGUUUAGUAUUCCUAACUCAAGCUAUUGUGCCUCGUAUGAAAGAACGUCAAACUGGUCACGUUAUCAAUUUGGGAUCUGUUGCUGGAAAGGAAGCUUAUGCUGGUGGAAGUAUUUAUUGUGCAACUAAACAUGCGGUGGAUGCUAUUACCAAGGCUCUUAUGAUUGAAUUGGUCGAUACCCCUAUUCGUGUUAGCCAAAUCUGUCCAGGUCUUGUUAAUACAGAAUUCAGCACUGUUCGUUUCCGUGGUGAUAAGGCAAAGGCUGAUGAAGUAUACAAAGGACUUCAACCUUUAGUUGCUCAAGAUAUCGCUGAAAUUGUCGUUUUUACUGCUGGUCGUCCAUCCCACGUCAAUAUUGCUGAUUUACUUGUGUUCCCUACCUGUCAAGCGGCAUCCAAGAUUGUUAGUAGAAAUGUUUAGAUUCAGUUUGAUAUUUCUUUUAUUUAUUCAUUUAUCAAAUAAACAACAUUAUUGUACUUGUA